AGCUAUAAUGUGUGAAGCAGAAAUGUCUUAUGCAGGAAUAUCUAUAAAGUGCUAAAUAUCCUAAAUUUCAAGCUCUAAUAAGAAACGAUAACACAUGGAAGCUAAAGAAGUCAGCCAAGCUGGAGACGUCGAAGGAAGGUGGAUCUUACCCUGUUUUGUGGCGCCCUCUUUGGUCGCCUGGCUGGCAUCCAAGGGGUGGCUCUCAACUCUUUGAGACCUUUAACAUGAGUGAGCCCCCUAUAGGUGACGUUACGAGUCAUCCCAUAGAGGAUGCAACUGAUAGUCAUGUCUACGAGAGUUUAGAAGCUUGGUUAGAUGAGAAUCCUACGUUUGUAGUCGAUUAUUUUGUAAGAAAGGCUUCUCGACAAAUGGUAGAUGCCUGGCUUUUGGCUCACGCAGUUCCUCAGAGCAUAGUAUGUGAGGGUAAUUCAAACCCAACUAGUCCGACGUCACGCUCUGGUUCCGGAGCAGCCACACCAGUUCGUAAAAUCUCUGCUCAUGAAUUUGAACGUGGUGGAAUUCUUCGCCCAAUGGUGACAACUGUAGAUGGCACACCAACAUUCAUAUCCCUACCUCUUCCUGAAGAGUCCAAUCUUCCGGCAGGACAACGAUCAUCACGGAAGAGUCGACAAGAGCUUCAGGCUUUGGAUGAGAAAGAAUUGAUAUUUGAACUAGUGAAGGACAUUUGUAAUGAUUUAGAUGUACGAAGUCUUUGUCAUAAAAUUCUGCAAAAUGUAAGCGUAAUAACUCACGCUGAUAGAUGCUCCCUAUUUUUGGUCCGGGGCGAAAAAGACUGUCCUAAUAGAUGUUUGGUCAGCCAACUUUUUGACGUGUCUAGUGACUCUACAUUGGAACAGAUAGAACAAAAAGAAGAAAUUAGUGUUCCUUGGGGAAGAGGGAUUGUUGGAUACGUGGCCGCCAGUGGGGAAUCUGUUAAUAUUCCAGACUGUUACCAGGAUUCAAGAUUCAACAACCUGGUAGAUCAGAAAACUGGGUACACAACUAGAAGCAUGCUAUGUAUGCCGAUAUCCAAUAUUGAAGGUGAAGUUAUGGGUGUAGCACAAGUUAUAAACAAGUAUGGACCCAAUGGAGAGCCUUUUGAUCAUAAUGAUGAAAUGGUUUUUGCCCAGUAUCUACAAUUUUGUGGUAUUGGACUCCGAAAUGCCCAGUUGUAUGAAUGCUCACAGCUGGAAAACAAAAGAAAUCAGGUACUUUUAGAUCUUGCUAGAGUGGUAUUUGAAGAACAGAGCACAAUUGAACAUGUUGUUUACAGGAUCAUGACUCACACUCAAUCUCUUCUUCAGUGUGAACGAUGUCAAGUACUACUCGUAGAUGAAAGUACAAAGGGAACAUUUUCUCGAGUGUUUGAUCUCGAGGCAAAUGAUUUAGAAGAUGAAGAUUGUGGUUCUCGCACAAGUCCUUUCGAGGGAAGAUUUCCAAUCAAUGUAGGGAUUACUGGUUUUGUUGCUACAACUGGAGAGGUGCUGAACCUUCCUGAUGCUUACAAAGAUGAGAGAUUUGAUGCUUCUGUUGAUGAGGGCAGCUCAUUCCGACAUUGUAGUAUCCUAUGCAUGCCCAUCUGGAAUGCCAAUCGGAAGAUCAUAGGUGUGAGCCAGCUGAUCAACAAACUUAAUGGAACACCUUUCAAUAAAAAUGAUGAAAAUCUAUUUGAGGCAUUUGCUAUUUUCUGUGGCAUGGGUAUUCACAAUACACAAAUGUAUGAGAAAGCUAUAAAAGCUAUGGCCAAGCAAAGAGUAACUCUGGAAGUCCUGUCUUAUCAUGCUACUUCUCCCUUAGAAGAAGCACAGAAUCUUAGUACUGUUUUAAUUCCUUCUACUCAAGCAUACAAAUUGCAUGAGCUCAAAUUUAAUGAUUUUAGUCUUGAAGAAGAAGAUAUGUGCAAAGCUUGUCUGCGGAUGUUUCUUGAUUUAGACUUGAUAGAGCGUUUCCAUAUUGAAUAUAAGGUCUUGUGCAGAUGGUUGUUGAGUGUGAAAAAAAAUUACAGACAAGUAACAUACCAUAACUGGAGACAUGCCUUCAAUGUUGCACAAGUAAUGUUUGCGGUCCUGACGAAUACAAAGCUGUUGAGAGUUCUUGGAGAAUUAGAGACAUUAGCUCUUAUUGUAGCCUGUUUGUGCCAUGAUCUGGACCACAGAGGAACCAACAAUUCCUUCCAAAUUAAAUCCUGUUCACCCCUUGCUCAGCUCUACUCUACAUCCACUAUGGAACAUCACCAUUUUGACCAAUGUAUAAUGAUACUAAACACCCAGGGAAAUCAGAUCUUAAGCCACCUGUCUACAGAAGAGUACACACGAGUGGUUCAUGUUCUUGAAGAGGCCAUCUUAGCUACAGACCUUGCUGUAUACUUCAGGAAACGAGGUAUCUUCUUUAAAUUAGCAGAUACAAAAGAGUUUGAUUGGCAAAAGGAUGACCAGCGAGAAAUCCUCAGGGGCAUGUUAAUGACUGCAUGUGACAUAGCAGCAAUUACUAAACCGUGGGAUAUUCAAAAGGUGGUAGCAGAACUGGUUGUCAGUGAAUUCUUCCAGCAAGGUGACAUUGAGAAACAAGAGCUCAACAUGCAGCCUAUUGAUAUGAUGGAUAGAGAAAAGAAAGACCAACUUCCGCUUAUGCAGGUCGGCUUCAUCGACGCCAUCUGUAUGCCGGUUUAUGAAGCAUUUGCUAACAUUUCGGAGAAACUGGAGCCUCUUUUGGAAGGUGUGAAAUCGAAUCGGUCACAAUGGCUUAAAAUGGCAGAAAAUAAUAAAGAAGAAAUGGAAGAAGACGUGUAGAUUGACCUUUGGUAUGACCUCGAAGAAACUAACACAUCCUUUCGUGGAUUCACCAAUAAAUAUUGUUUUACAAGUUGAUGAUAGCCUUAUCUAUCAAUGACUUUACGAAGGAAGAUUUUUAUGUUAUGUUAUAUGAAUAAAUGUGAAAUCAAUUCGUGAUUGACGGGAUUUUUUUUUUUUAAAAUAGAGUUCAUAGAAACAAAAGAUUCACUUUUCUUGAUGUGUUAUACAGGGAUUAGUGGCAGGUGAAAGUUUCGUGAAACAUAUUCUUGCAUAAUAAGUAGAUUUGUCUCCUGAAAUAAAGCUUUACCUUGGUGAAUUCAUCAUAGAGGAUUUUAUCAAAUGUAAAAACUAUUAACGGAGUAAUUUUUUUUUAACGAAUCCAUUUUUUCUUCUAUGAGCUGUAAGCAUAAUGAUGUUCAUUAGAUAAAGGAAUACCAGUUUGCUAGAGGAAAAAUUAAUAUGUGGAAAUUGAACGAUAGCGUAACUGUUUUAUAAAUCAUCAAGGAAGGUAAAAAAAAAAAUCCCAAUACCGUUGUCAGAAUCAUACAACCCAUCCAUAAAUCCACAACGAGUAACAUAAUUAUUCGCCGCAUCAGUAAACUUCACGAACCCAAGUUUUUCGUAUCUUCUUCUUGUUUGUCGGAGACUUACACACGAUCGAACAACCAAUUUCUGAAAGUGACUGAGCAAAGUGAAGUACACAACUAGGAAAAGAGGGGGGUGGGUCACGUUAAAAGUUUUAUUUGCCGGAUAGUUAAACUGGUAGCACGGGUAUUUAACUUAACCACAAGAGGACAUGCAAUUUCUUCGUGAAUUAAUAUUUUAUCACCUGUUUUUAUCUAUCUUAUUUCGUUUUAUUUGUCUUUUAUCGUAUCUGAUUGUUAUCUAACUUCCAGUCUAUUGUGUGAAAUUGUUAAAUAAACUGAUAAUUUUUUUGUACUGUCCAGCGAAAUUUAGAAUAUUUCGAAACUCCUUCGUCUUAGAAAUAAAAGAGUUGUUGAAAA